AUCAAGUUGUGCGCGCUCCGGUUCUCCAGGACAGACACACCGGUGCUCACAAAGUCUCUUCGCCUCUUCUUCACAGACGAGCAUCCUCCGGCCACCGCUCCACUCUCUCCGCUUCUUUACGCGCCGUCCCCGCUCCCGCAGCCUCCCGCACCGCCGCUAACUUUUCUCCUCUUUUUGGAUCCUCCGCUCCGGUCUCCGACGGGUCCAGAUUCUGCAGCGUGAUCCGCCGACUUAUCCAGGAGCCGAACCACAGCCCAGCCCUGGAUUCAAUACUCCUGAUCAAUGGACAGAGCCUCCUCAGCGGCCAGCAGCGCUACAGACACGCCGUAAACAACUCGUUCUCUCUGGCUGGAGCUCCUCUGGGGAUCUGGAGGAGGAUGGAGCGAGGAGGGGAGAGUCCCAUCACCCAGGACAGUCCUGAGCGGAGGGGAGGCAGCCCGGACCUCAGUGGCCUCCCGCCGCCGGGGAAGAAGGGUCGUCUGGAGCUCAACGGGAGCCCCACUGGACCGCGGAUACGCCACAACGGAGCCCCACAGAGACCCCUGGGAGGUCUGAUGAUCCCGGUCUUCUGUGUGGUGGAGCAGUCGGACGGAGGGAUGCAGACGGACGGAUGUGAGGGCCGAGAGGAGCACGCAGAGUUUGUUCUGGUCAGGAAGGAUAUCCUCUUCUCUCAGCUGGUGGAGACGGCUCUGCUGGCCCUCGGAUACUCCCACAGCUCGGCGGCACAAGCUCACGGCAUCAUCAAGGUUGGAAGGUGGAACCCGCUGCCCAUCCACUUCCUGACCGACGCUCCGGAGGCGACGGUGGCCGACAUGCUGAUGGAGGUUUACCACAUGGUCACGCUGCGCAUCCAGCUGCAAAGUUUUUCGAAGCUGGAGGAUCUGCCCUGUGAGCAGUGGAACCACGCGACCGUCAGGAACGCUCUCAAAGAGCUGCUGAAGGAAAUGAACCAAAGCACUCUGGCCAAAGAGUGUCCUCUGUCCCAGAGUAUGAUUUCCUCCAUCGUGAACAGUUCGUACUAUGCCAACGUGUCCACUGCCAAAUGUCAGGAGUUCGGUCGCUGGUACAAGAAGUACAAAAAAAUCAAAGUCGAUUACCUGGAGAAGAUGUGGGCCGGGCGGGACGCUGCAGACAUCAAAAUAGAGAGAGACAAUAUGGCCGACUUCUGCGUGCUGGGUCAGAGACCUCCUCCUCACCUGGCCGGCCUUGCGCAGCUCAGUCACCUGGGGGCCGGCAGCCCCCUCCUCAAGGCGGGAUCUGGAGAUCCGCAGGCGCCCUCGCAGCCUCCUCAGCAGCCUCCUCCUCCCCAACAACAGCCCUCGCCACACGGCCCCCUCCACCACAGCCCCCCUCUCCGCACAGGCCAGGUGCCUCCUCCGCCCCCGCCGCCUCCGCCCGGCGCCCUGCAGCCCCUGCUGGGGCCAGGUGGGCUGCUCUCCCCGCAGCUCUCCCCUCAGCUUGUACGCCAACAGCUCGCCAUGGCCCACCUCAUCAACCAGCAACUGGCCGUGAGUCGGCUGCUGGCCCACCAGCACCCCCAGGCCAUCAACCAGCAGUUCCUCAACCACCCGCCCAUCCCCCGGGGUUCGUCCAAAACCAGCGGCGAACAUCCCGGGAGCAACCCGUCCGCCGCCGAGGUCUCCUGUGAAAUCUACCAGCAGGUCAGAGACGAGCUGAAGAGAGCUAGUGUCUCCCAGGCCGUGUUCGCCCGUGUGGCUUUCAACCGCACACAGGGUUUGCUGUCAGAGAUCCUGCGGAAAGAGGAGGAUCCGCGGACGGCGUCGCAGUCUCUGCUGGUGAACCUCAAAGCGAUGCAGAACUUCCUCAACCUGCCGGAGAGCGAGAGAGACCGGAUCUACCAGGAGGAGAGAGAGCGCACCAUGAACCCUUCAGUCGGCCUUCCCGCCUCCAACUCCUCAAACGCCGGACCUCCACGCCUCUCACAGCUUUUCUGUCUUUCCCGUCAGGCGCUUCACAGGCCACCCCCGGCCCCGAUGAAGGAGCACCGCCUGUCUCCGAUGCGCGAGGAGCAGUUAUCUGCCCCCAUGAACGAGGAGGGGGCACCGAAUGUGGGAGCGGGAGCUGCAGGCGGAUGUCCACCUGGCUCUGUUGGCAGCGCCGGCAGCAACAAGAAGCCACGAUCACGCACCAAGAUCUCCCUGGAGGCCCUGGGUAUCCUGCAGAGCUUCAUCCAGGAUGUGGGCCUGUACCCGGACCAGGAGGCCAUCCACACCCUGUCAGCUCAGCUCGACCUGCCCAAACACACCAUCAUCAAGUUCUUCCAGAACCAGCGCUACCACGUCAAGCACCACGGCCGCCUCAAGGAGCUGAGCGAGGGGGCCGCCGCCAGCGGAGGCGUGGACGUCAGCGAAUACAGAGAGGAGGAGCUACUUUCGGGCUCCGAGGACCCGGAGUCCAGCGAGGACGGAGCCGAGGAGAUCUACCAGUCCGCAGAGGGGAAUGGUGGGAGCGCAGGGGGGCUGAACCAGCCGCCUGCCUCCUCUGGAUCCAACUCCAGCUCCGGCCAGUCGUCCUCAGGGACCAACACCGCUCAGGAGGACGGAAAGGACAAGGGGCACGGCCGGCCCGGUGGCCCUCUGGGCCCCGGCAGCUCCUCAUCCAGUCCCAGAGAGCAGGCUGAGUACCAGAGGUAGAGACUGACUCACAGAGAGGAGAGGACAGAGAGGGAGAGAGCAGGAAAGGUCUGUGCUGAUGAAGUGAGGAGCUGGUCAUGAACUGAUGGAGGAUGGCUGCAUACAAACUGUGUGAGAGGUGAAGAGACCAUCAGGCUGAAACACUGUACAUCUCAGAGAACGACUCUUUAUAGUGACAGACGGACAUCUGUGAGCGCCUGAUGUGUGGAGUGAAAUUACCUCAGCAAAGAGACAGCAUGUGCUACGACACAGCAGCCAUCGUCUAACUGUGAAAGACAGUUUUCCCCAAAAAUCAUUUAGAUAAUCACUCACAAACUGUCAUUAACAGGUAAUCUACUGCUGCUCACGCCCGUCGACAAAUUUCUCCUAAUCAGCCAAUCGCAAGAAAAGACACUCCAAGGAGGCGGGAUUUCACCUGAAAAAAAUCCCGUCUGUCUUCUCUGAAGUCUGAGCACAGUCGCAUUAUUCAUACUUCCUUCAUCAGUGAUACUCAACGUACGGACCCGAUACAGUGCCAGGUGGCCCCCCGACCAUUUUCUAAUUCACAGUAAAAACAGAGUGAUUGACACUGGGAAUUUUUUUUGGACUUUUAGAAAACAUAAGGUGCAUAAAUCAGCAUCAAAAUAGAGCUUGUUUAUCAAAAAAAGCUCCAGUGGAGGAUCCACCGCAUCCCCUGACAGAGGUCCUAGCUAAGACCCUCAUGUCCUAAAAACGCCAUGAAAUCAGAGAAACGUCCUAAAAGUUGAGUCUAAAUCCUAGAAGUGUUGUAAGGCCUAGAAACAUGUUUAAAUCCUAAAAAUGUCAUCAAGUUCUUGAAACAUCCUAAAAUCCAAGAAUUUUCCUAAA